CUGGCGUCUGGAGUUUAGUCCCCGCGCUGCUGUGGGCGAAGCUGGGUCUGUUUCUAGGGUCGCAGUGACUGCUGUCGCAUCGGGAUCUUGAUCGUGAUGGGUACAAAGGCGAAAGUCGGCAGCACAGAGUUGCUUCUCUUCACGUCGAUGAUCCUGUGCUUCCUGGCAUUGGGCAGGGGUGCGGUGCAAACUUAUGAACCGGUAGUCAGAGUUCCUGAGAAUAAACCUGCCAAGCUGUCCUGCUCCUACUCGGGCUUCUCCUCGCCCCGUGUGGAGUGGAAGUUUACCCAUGGGGAUAUCAGAGGUCUCGUUUGCUAUAACAACAAAAUCACAGCUUCCUAUGAGAACCGAGUUAGCUUCUUGGAUGGUGGCAUCACCUUCCAGUCUGUGACCCGGAAAGACACGGGGAUGUAUACCUGUAUGGUCUCUGAUGAAGGCGGCAACACCUAUGGGGAGGUCACAGUCCAGCUCAUCGUGCUCGUGCCUCCAUCCAAGCCUACGGUCAACGUCCCCUCUUCUGUUACCAUUGGAACCCGAGCAGUGCUGACCUGCUCAGAGAAAGACGGUUCCCCACCGUCUGAAUACAAGUGGUUCAAGGAUGGGAUAGAGAUGCCCGUGGAACCCAAGAGCAACCGAGCCUUCAGCAACUCUUCCUAUACCCUGAACCCCAAGACAGGGGAGUUGACCUUUGAUCCCGUGUCGGCCUCUGAUACUGGAGAUUUCACUUGUGAGGCGCAGAAUGGCUAUGAGUCACCCAUGAGGUCGGACACCGUGCACAUGGAUGCUGUGGAGCUCAAUGUCGGGGGCAUCGUGGCAGCUGUCCUCGUAACGCUCAUUCUCCUGGGAGCCUUGAUUUUUGGCAUCUGGUUCAGCUAUAGCCGAGGCUACUUUGACAGAGCAAAGAAAGGGACCUCCAAUAAGAAGGUCAUUUACAGCCAGCCCAGUGCUCGAAGUGAACGGGAGUUCAGGCAGACCUCGUCCUUCCUGGUGUGACCCUGGUCCGGCUUCUCUCCUGUCCUCAGUGCUUGCCUUACUCAGGUGCUACCAGACUCUGGCCCCUGAUGUCUAUAGUUUCACAGGAUGCCUUAUUUGUCUUCGAACCCCAUCAGGGGCCCCCACUUUUAUCUUAGGUUGUGUUUUGUAAUAAUUUCAGCCAUGUGCACCUUCCUGCCUUUCCCACCACUGCUGAGUGGCCUGGGACUUGUUUAAAGCCUUCUUGUCCCAGCCCUACAAGGGAUCAGAGAGAAGUCCUGACUCAUGCCUGCUGACCACAAGUAGACCACAGGAGCAGUGGGGUCCUCACUGCCCCCUGCAUGUAGUGGUUCUCAGAUGGGACUCUGGAGCCUGGCUUCUUGACUCUUCCCUGCCAUGCUGAGGACGGGUAACAGCUGUUCUAGAGUCGGGGCUGGAGACUGGGAGCAGCUGAAAUGGUUGUUUGGAAACAAAGUCAAGUCUCUUCCACCUCUGCAGCCCACUUUCUUCUGUCUUCCAUGGGAAGUGCCACUGGGAUCCUCCUGCACCAUCCUCUUCCCGAACACAAGCAGACUGACAGCUAUGUCUGUAGGGAAAACAAGAACUUUUUUUGUGGGAAGCCUAGUAAACUUUCAGAACACACGGAGAGAAGAGUUUUUAAACCACUGAUCUACAGAAAGGAAAGCUGCAGUGGGUAGCUCAAGCUAUCACCCUUCUCUUGGUUGGAACAACUUGACCUGCCCUUUUAAGAUAUGUCUGCAGGGUUAUGGAAGUUUGUGUAGCAGUCAGUUCUGCUGAACAUGUGUGUGUGUGUGUGUGUGUGUGUGUGUGUGUUUGUGGUCUUAGCUCUAUGUUGAACUCGAGUGUUCCAGAGUCCUCUUGUGGGGGGAGGAGAGCCCCUGGGUUCUACUUGAUCUGACUCAUCCAGUGAACGAAGCCUACCCUCCCACCUCUGCCAACCCAGAUGCACUAGUAGACUUCCCAGAGGCUACAGGAAAAGCUGCUCCAGAGGCUGAGGCAGGAUUUCUCAAAUCCUUUGGAGAACCACUUCUUUAGUAGUAGUUUAAAGUCUACCCGGAGAAGGCAAUGGCACCCCACUCCAGUACUCUUGCCUGGAAAAUCCCAUGAGCGGAGGAGCCUGGUAGGCUGCAGUCCAUGGGGUCGCGAAGAGUCAGACAUGACUGAGCGACUUCACUUUCACUUUUCACUUUUAUGCACUGGAGAAGGAAAUGGCAACCCACUCCAGUGUUCUUGCCUGGAGAAUCCCAGGGAUGGGGUCGCACAGAGUCAGACAUGACUGAAGUGACUUAGCAGUAGCAGUAAAGUCUACUACUACUUUAUUUAGAGGAUAGGUGUAAGUGAGAGCAGGAGAGAGUGGGGUAGACACACCUGUCCCUGCUUUCCUCAUCCCAUCUGGACCCUUCUUUGCCCUUGAAUCUAUUCCUCCCUUUCCCCAGCAGUCUAUUUAUUAACUAGCAAGAGGGCAAAUAAGGGAUCUUCUAGGAUUGAUUUUGCUAAUUUUUUUGAGGAUACCGAGCACCAUUUCACCAUAUUCUGUACCCUUAUCUGACAGUCCCUCCCAGAACUGAGUUUUCUUUUCAUCCAGGUUCAGAAGGAAAAACAAAAAACAAAUCAUAUCGUCACGCACCAAUAAAAAGUAAGCUGUCCAGAUGGAAAUAAAAUCUAAUUAGGCAAUAAAAGUAGAGAUUGUGAAACGGUUCAGUACGAAUGAAAUUUUCAAAGUAUGUUUCAGUUUCCUGGUUGGGAGACAGGGUGGGAAGGAUGGGGGGUGGGUGGGUAAAGGGCACAGGGAGGCAGAGGUGAAUCAUUGCUCUUGCAAGUCUGGAGCAAAUGGUCCGUCACUCCCUAGGUCCCUUGUGAGGAGUAUGAGUCAGUGAUUACCAGCCUUGGUAUUUACUUCUCCAGCUAACAACAGCCCCUUUGAGUUGGAAAACACCUUAUCUGCUUUCAUUCUAGAAUGUUAAAACUAAUUUUUGUAAUAAAUGUUUAUUUUUCACAUUGA